AUACUUAUCUGAAGCUGAUCAGUAUUGACAAGCAAUGAAAUUUAUUGGCAUCUGCUUUUAGUAAUUAACACAAAAAAAUUCUGAAGUAGCCACAUCCUGCUUGGUCUAAAUUUAUAUGUUUUGAUCUGAAGGUUUCUCACCAACAGGAAACAUGGUCAGUGUAGGUUGGGUCUGUUUGCAUCACAGUAAAGCAGAAGAGCUGCCUGCGGAGUCGACUGAUGCUGAAUAGAGAAAAAACAUGCAAGCUGUGUUUGUACUGUUCGUGAUGCUAUUAGGAGUCUCUUAUGGCUGAGCACUAACAGUCUGUUAACUGCAGUCUGUUAACAUCAGUAACAUCACAGAUUUGCUCAUUUGAGAGAAAAGAUUUGAAAGCUGCCGAUUGAGUCAACAUAGACUGAACAGUUGACAUGGAAGCUGCAGUUGGACUGUUGCUGAUGUUCGGAGUAGCUCAUGGUGUGGAAACUUACUGUGAUGGCAGACGGGAUGGAGCUCAGUGUUAUGGAGCUUUGGGAGGAACUGUGGACAUCCAGCUGAUGGACAACACUUCAGAAAUUAAUAGAUACCAAUUAUUAAAGAGUUCAUUAAAAAUAUUAGAUGUGAGAAAAAAUACGGUUAUUUCUAAUACCAUAAGAGAGAGAGCUCAUUUUCCAAGUAAUGGAACAUUUAGGAUCAAUAAACUAAACAGGACAGACAGUGGUAAUUAUACCCUUCAAACCUUUGAUUCGGAUGGAAAAUCAUCAGACGAGCGGAUUUUACAGUUGUUUAUUGAAGCUCCUGUGUCGUCUGUCCUGCUGGACCCUGAAUGUCUGUCCCAGGGAGAGAUGAGGGUGUCCUGUUCCUCUGAGGGAGGGGACAGUCCUCAGUACAGCUGGACUCUGGAUGGACGCACACUGACAGAUGCUGAGCUCUUUUCUGGAAAUAAUGAGAGUAACAUCAUCACUCUGAAACAGUACGUCUCAGGACAUCUGGUCUGCUCACUCAGGAACAACGUCAGUAAUGUCUCCAAAGAGGAGAGGAUAUCUACCUGUGGCUUCAUUUUCAUUAACUGCACUUCAGUCAAUGGAACACAGAUAUCAGGGUGGGUGUAUGAAGCCAAUAACACCCUGUGUAUUAAACCAACAACAGUCCCCAAACAAACUGCUACGUCUAAGGAGACCGCCGUAGUGUCAGAUAAAAACCCCACUAAGAUCAAACCCUUCAAUCAAACUGUCAGCAGUGAUAACCCAUGGUACAUUACCUAUUUACCACUGAUCGGUGGUGUUCUCUCAGCACUGCUCAUUUUGUUAGUUGUGGGUGUAGCAGGUGCCUGUGAACACAUCAUAAAGCAAAAAGCCAAACCUACAGAACAAAGAGCUGAAGAAGAUGACCAGUGUGUAACCUAUGCUCAUGUCAUUAUCACGAAAUGUCAGAGGAAGGAUGCUGAGCAAAGAGCAGAGGCGGAGGUGGAGUAUGGCCAAAUCAAGUUUUCAAGCAACAGAAGAUGAUUUAAGUGGUUGGAGCUUUUACACCGACUGCACCACUGACAGCAGACCGAAGGAGGAGGUGACAUCAAGAUGCCAAAAGGUUGUUGCUUCAUGUAAGUCUGUGGCUGAAACACAGCUAAUGUUCCAGCUAACAGCACAUAAAGAACAAAACAAAUAUGAAUAAAUUAAUGACUGAAUUCUAUUCAGACACUUUAGCUUCCUGUGACACCUUCAUGGGCUACUUUGUCCCUACUAUAACAACAACAACAACAACAACAAUAAUAAUAAUAAUAAUAUUCAUCUUUGGCCUGUCUUUAGAUUUAUAUCUGGGAUCAGCCCCCUCUUCUCUAAGAAAUGCAUGUGUCUUAAUACAUCUGGAUAAAUGUGAAGCAAACAUUGUAUAUAAUAACAUGGGAAGAGAAGAGAGAAAAAAUCCUAAUGAUAUUGUUCUGGUGGACUAAUGCAGAGUCUUCAUUUG